GCUGCCGCAAAGCGAGGCCGGGAAGAUGGCGGCGCGCUGGGCGCUGAGCGCGGGUGCUGCCUGGGCACGGGGUCUCCUCAGCUGGGCACGGCCAGAGAGGUUUCUGGCAUCUGGGAGCCUUUUUCCUCUGUCCUGCAUCCACACCAGCACAUCUCUGCAGAAAAUUGGGAAGUGGGAGAAGAAGAACAGGAUUGUUUACCCUCCCCAGCUGCCUGGAGAGCCUCGCAGACCAGCUGAAAUCUAUCACUGUCGGAGGGAAAUAAAAUACAGCAAUGAUAAGAUGUGGUAUCUGGCAAAACUGAUAAAAGGAAUGUCCAUUGAUCAGGCUCUCGCUCAGCUGGAAUUCAGUGACAAAAAGGGAGCAAAGGUGAUCAGAGAGGUUCUGUUAGAAGCACAGGAAAUGGCUGUAAGAAAGCACAAUGUGGAAUUCAAAUCAAACUUACACAUAGCGGAGUCGCAGACGGGCAGGGGCCGUUACGUGAAGCGGCUGCGGUACCACGGCAAGGGCAUGUUUGGCAUGAUGAAAAUCAGCAGGUGCCACUACUUUGUGAAGCUGGUGGAAGGUCCUCCUCCUCCUCCAGAGCCACCGAGGACUGGCUUUGACCAAGCAAAGGAAUAUGUGCAGCAGCUGCGAAACAGAACCCUUGUUCACACGCUGUGACACGCUGCAGUGGCUGUAUCAUGUUGGGCAAUGAAAUUGUACAAAGGAAUAAUUAAAGUCAUGGUUUAGUUGUU